GACGCGAUACACUUUCACAGGUUGCACCGCGAUCCGCUGGCAUGAGCUCGGCGCAUCCGUUCUUGGCGGCCUUUGCUGCCCACUGCGACGCGCUCGUCGACGAUUGCAUGCGGCAGACGGCGGCCAGCGCCGAUGGCCUCAAGUGCCUCAUGUGCAUACCGCAAAGUCUCUCGCUGCUAACGGCGGCGAUCUCGCGAACGCAGCUGCAGACGCACUUUCUGCUCCCAGACGCGCAGGUCGGCCAGUACCGCAGCCUCAACGGCAAGCAGAUUGCGGUCGUCGGCGCCCACAUCCACACCAAAGCGGGCUUUCAUGACGCCCGCGUCGUUCGCAUUCUCAUGACGGAAGAGUGGCCGCACCGCUCGUUGCAGGUGAGCCUCGUGCACAUCAACCGGCCGCUCGAAGGCGGCGUCGCCGUUCCGGACGAGAUGGGCGAAAUGGACGUCAAGACCUUUCGCCGGUACAUUGCGCUCAUGCGCGCCUAUCCCGAGUCCGAGUCGGUCUUUGCAUCGCUCGACUACUUUGUCCACCAAGUGCAGCGCCUGCCGCCGUCCCAUCCGGCGUUUGGUCCGGAAAACCUUGGCCGCGUAUGGCAGCAGAGCACCGCGCUGCUAUUGGAGAACGGCACGCUCGACCUCGGACCGCGCACGCACCAGCGCUCGCUGCAGCUGGACCAAGCGGUCGAGUCGUACUUGCUCGAGCAAGUGCAUGCAAAGGUGCUCCACCGACUGGAAGCAACCUGCGUCGCCGACCAAGCCAAGCUCGAGGCCGCGUGGUUUGCGUUGCGCAACGCGACGCCAUCAACGUUUAAGAUUCGACGGGAGUACCAGUGUCAACACAAGGAAGCCAUCGCGUUACUCUUGUCUGCAUACAACCAGACGACGCCACUGGGUAUGCUCCUUCAGCUCAAGCGCGUGCUCCAGUCGGUGCAAGACGCGAUUCAUGCGCGUCUCAUUCGGCACAAGUGGCCGCUCGGCGAGUUUCACUUGAGCACGGACGAUGUCUUGGACCAGCUCAUCUACAUUCUGGUGCGUGCGGGCAUCACAUCUGACGGCCGCUUCCCAUUUGCGGCCAUGCUGCAGUACAUGGAGCAGUAUCACUUUGUGCCGGCGACGGUCUCGGCCAUUGGUUUCACGAUGGCCAACUUUCAAGUUGCCCUUGAAUGGCUUCUGACAAGCACGAUGACGACGAGUCACAACGAGUUGUCACUGACGGCACUCGCAGCGCAGCCAGAGGGCGAUCGCUCAAUGAGAACGACCGAGGACACGCCGUCUGUACUGCACGUCUCGGGUCGCAUCGACCCGAUACCAGUCGAGGGCUGUGUGUACCAUGUAGCGGUCGGCCAUCGGUGUUUUGCCUCCGUUUCAGAUUCUGGUGCGGUCGCAACGUGGGGAGACGCGUACGGAGGGCGGCUCGGGUACCCACAAGCAAUCAACCACGUCGAGAUGCCGCAGCGCGUCGUCGGCGUCACCAAAGUGUUGCAGGUGGCCUGCGGAUCCUUUCACAUGCUGGCGUGCGACAUCAACGGCCACGUCUUUGCCUGGGGUACGAACGCAGUCGGGCAACUCGGUCUGCCAAGCGCGACAGUACCCAUGAGCAUCACCCCACGUCGCAUCGAAGAUGGACUACAAGGCGCCUACAUCAGCGCUGUCGCGUGCGGUGAUGCCCACUCGCUGGCCAUGUCGUCACAAGGCGCGGUCUUUUCGUGGGGCUGCAACCGCUUCUUCCAGCUCGGGCGCGAAACCACAAUCGGGAACGACGCAGCCUCCCGUCCAAGCCCCGUAGAGAGCGCGUGGUCGACCCAAAGCACCUUGGCAACAGCCGUCUCGGCGAGCGCGAGCUUGAAAGAGGCGUCGAACGGUGCUUCUUCAGUCUCGGCCGAAACGAGAGAACCCGGAGCUGCGCUGCGCAUCGCGGCUGGCGCUCACCACUCGAUGGUCCUUUCUCGCGAUGGGACGCUCUUUGCAUGGGGCUGCGGCAGCGACGGUCGGCUCGGCAUUGGAUCCGAAAUGGAUGUUCCGUCGCCAUUACGCGUUGUGCUACCGCCCGGGGCAAAGCCCGUCGACGUGGGUGGCGGUGCUGCGUAUACGUGCGUGCUGCUCAAGUCGGGGCAUGUUCUGCUGGCGGGCCUAGUGUGCCCAGAUAUGCCUAAUGUACAGCACUGGCUCACGCCCCUCGACGUGCCAGCGGUGGUGCGAACGAUGGCGUGCGGCGCCAACCAUAUUGUGUGGACCUUGGCGGACGGCAGCAUCUGGGGCUGGGGGAGUAACGUCCACAGGCAGUGUGAUCUGAUGGGCAGUGGGACACACGCCACAAUACUCGAAGAGCCUCGCGUUCUCGCUGCCGCGGAAGAGACGGUCCGCGUGCUGCAAGUGGCCGCCGGCGCGUCGCACACGAUCGCUGUGACGCAGGCGGUGACGACAGAAUGAGACAGUGCGGUGAACCUCCCGAUAAGUGUGACUCGACAAUGUGGAGAAUCUGUGACUUGAAGAUUUAAAGACGCCAACGAAAUGAAAAUUUGCAUCCGUGAACAUGAGAUGAA